AUGCUUGUGAAGUCUCUCUCAUUUCCUUCAAAUCUCUUCCCAAGUGAAAUUGGAACAAACCAAAGAUGGGCACCCUCGAAAUCCUCAAAUUCUCUCGGUUUUUCUUCAAAGCUUCAAUUUUUGCGUAAAAGCGCUCAGAACUCAUCUGGGGUUGGUCCUGAUGACGCUGUCAUAAUUGUGGAUCACGGGUCACGUCGCAAAGAGUCCAAUCUAAUGCUUAAUGAAUUUGUGGAGAUGUUUAGACACAAAACUGGAUACAAGAUUGUGGAGCCUGCUCACAUGGAACUAGCAGAACCAUCAAUUGGAGAUGCUUUUCAAUCUUGCGUUCAGCAAGGGGCACACCGUGUUAUUAUCAGUCCCUUUUUCCUCGGUCCUGGAAGGCAUUGGAGUAAGGAUAUUCCUUCCUUGAGUGCAGAGGCAGCAAAGCAACACCCUGGUGUAUCAUACAUUGUUACUGCGCCCCUUGGACUCCAUGAGCUACUUGUGGAUGUUGUGAAUGAUAGGAUCAAUUAUUGCUUAAAGCAUGUAGCUGGAGAAGCAGAUGAGUGUUCAGUUUGUGCUGGGACUGGAAAAUGCAUACUUAAUCAAUAA